CCCUAGCCAAUUUUUUUCAUCCUUAAUGUCUGCCCCUGGUCUUGAACCUCCUCCUGCAUUUGCUGCUGCUGCUGCCAGCAUCUCGACAGGUACUACAACCAUCCCGAGUGCUGCUGCGACCAUCCUGACUGUCCCGAAUGCUGAUGCGACCAUCCCGACUGUCUCGAAUGCUGUUGCGACCAUCCCGACUGUCUCGACUGCUGCUGCGACCAUCCCGAUUGUCCCGACUGCUGCAGCGACCAUCCCGGGUGCUGCUGCUGUCCUUCAACCAGGCAGAGAUGAAGACCUGCGAAGAGAACAAAGAUCAUGCAUGACCAGGCUAUCAAACCGUCAAAGGCAAAGAAUUGUAGAAGCAAUCCUACCAUAUGCAAAAAAAAUAUUUCAGGAACUAAAAGAUCAAAUGGCAUCAAGAAUGUUCAACGCAGGAGUGACCGAGGGACAAUCAACCACGAGGCCACCUUUGUUCGAUGGAACAAACUACUCGUAUUGGAAGGAGAGGAUGAGAAUCUUUAUCCAAUCCAACGACUACAAGCUGUGGUUGAUUGUGAAGAACAGCUGCGGAGUCCCGAUGAAGAAAGUCGGUGAAGUCAACGUCCCCAAAACCGAAGAGGAGUUCACCGACGAAGAUUGCAAAAAGAUGGAGCUCAACGCAAAGGAAAUAAACAUGAUUUAUUGCGGUGUUAAUGCGGAUGACUACCGCAAAAUCUCGCGGUGUGAAACCGCAAAACAAAUGUGGGAGAAAUUGGAGGUCACCUACGAAGGAACCGCGCAGGUGGACGCAAUUGAAGAAGGACGUGACUUCCAAACAACGACCUAUGGUGCUCUUCGAGGUAACCUCAUUACCUAUGAAACCACCCAACUCUCAAAAGUGGUUGAAGAGAAGAGCAAGAGGUCUAUUGCUCUACCCGCAACAACAUCAACCCACAACAACGUUGAUGAUGAAGAUGAUGACAGCGACGACACCGACCUCGGACUCUUCGUCCGAAAAUUCAAGAAGAUGAUGCUCAAGAGGGGAGCCAAGAAGAACACUCCACCCAAGUGCUAUGGGUGUGGUAAAAUUGGACACUUCAAACCAAUGUGUCCAAAGUUCAAAAACGAGAAGGACAAGAGGGCACCGAAAAAGCAACGUGACUACAUUUCUUGGGAGAACGACGGCUCCGGGAGUGAAGACUCGGAAACGGAGGAAGUGGCCAACCUAUGUCUCAUGGCCAUUGAGGAUGGUGAAACAUCAAAAGAGAAUCACGUACUAAAACUUAUAGUAGUAAGAAAUUUGUACCUUUCUCCGUAAGCGGUAAAAACAAAGAAGUCGUAGGAAGAGCGUUGAAAGUGCAAACGUAACCGUUCAAGCGUCCGGUCUCCAACUUUGACACACGAACAACGCCGGAGUCUACCACAAUCUUUAUGCUAGUAAAGAUUAUAGUAGUAUAAAAUAUAAAGAAUAAAAUUGGGAUAAUAAUAAUCUUGUAUAUUU